UUUUGCGGAACUUCUCAACACUGCGUUGAAAGUGUCAUUAUAAUUUCGUCAAAUCUAGCUACGUGAAAAGUGCUUAAUAUUUUGCAUUAUUAUUUCAACAACACACAUCAACAACACAGAGCUUUUGAAAAAGCUGUAUGAAUCAUAGUAAAAGUCGUGCACGCAUGCAUUGUAAAUUCCAGAGUCAAUAACAAAGAAACAAACUAUUUGAAACGCUACAGCAAACAGUUUCACAACUCGAACAAAAUACACCCUCGGAAAGGCGGCGCUGUCGACGUCGAUAACAGUCAGAGUAUCAAGGCCAAGGAAGUCGCAACGAAAUUCAAUUACAAUUAAACAUGAAAUUUGUGGCAACACAAGGCAACGACCAACAUUUUUCUAAUCAGAAGCAGCAACAGCUGGAGUGCAUAAAUAAAAAACGCGCGUGCAAACCAACAACGUUCAGUAGCGUAUCAGUUCUCAACAUUUCUAAACGCGUGUUGUGCAAUAAAAGGGAACAGCAAGCGCAGCACCAGAGACAAUAUUGGAAACAUAAAAGAUUUGGCAUAGCUGCGUCUUGAUUAAAACUCUUCCAAUUUCAAAAAGUACAAAGAGUACAUAAACAAAAAACCAAAAGAAAAAAAACGUAAAACAUCCCUUAGAAAAAUUCUAACCUAAAUUCCUGAACGCACAACGCAUAUAUAAAAUCAAUAAAAGCAGAAAACACGUGCAAGAGCCGCCAAUAGUUGCCGCCAAACGCGUCUGUGUAGACAUCUUUGUGUAGAGUCUCUCUCGCAUUCUCACUCACUCUCUUUCGGGUAAAAGGACACUGCCCUACAAGGCUUGUGUUUUUAGUGAGCGCGUGUGUAAAACAACAACGCCGAUCAUAGACACGAUCAGUUCGAGCAACAGCAAACACAAAAUUCGUGGACACAGCGAUCAACGCAAUAGCAACAACAACAGCAUCAAUAUGCCGCGUCGCAAUAAAAGAGCAGGAGCAGGAAAAGCUUCCACAGAUCGCACCAGCGACACAAACUCUGAGGACGAGUCCUUUGACAAUGUGAGCGUUUAUUCGAACGUUUCGAUGGUUCAAACCUCAUCGGAGGGUGCUGAGGAGCUGAUCAAGGAGCGGUCCAUGGAGCAGUUCGAGGAGAAAUUCGAUAAGGCACUGGAACAGGCCACCGAGAAGUCGGCACAGACACGCCUCCAGGCACUGCAGUCCAUCUGUGAGCUGCUGAUGCAUCGCUAUAUGCCCGAUUACGUUGACGAUCGCAAAAUGACAGUGAUGGACUUUGUGGAGAAGAGCGUUCGCCGCGGUAAGGGCCAGGAACAGUUGUGGGGUGCCCGCCUCGCACCGCUGCUGGUGCUGCAAUUGGGCGGCGAGGAGAGAAUGUCCAAGGACAUGAGCCAGUUCCUGCUGACCACCUUGCUGGACAAGUCGGUUAAUUACGAUGCCCGUGCCAAAUGCUGCACAGCCUUGGGCCUGCUCAACUUUGUGGACUGCGAGGAUGUUGGCGAACUGGUGCGUCUGAUGCAGAUCUUCGAGACCAUCUUUGCCGGCAGCUAUCUGCGCGGCGACGACAAGACACCCAUUUCCGUAACGGCCGAGGCAGGUGCCCUGCAUUCCGAGGCUCUGUCCGCAUGGGGUUUGCUCCUAACCCUCAUUCCCUCGGGCGACUUUGUCUCCCUGAUGACCACUGGAGAGCACAAGUUUCCGUCGAUUAAGAAGUUUUUGGGUCUCUUGCAAUCACCGCAUUUGGAUGUUCGCAUGGCCGCCGGUGAGACGAUUGCACUGAUUUUCGAAUCGGGCCGUGCCCAUGAUGAGAACUUCAUGGAUGAGCACAUCGCCGAGCUGUGCGUUGCUGUCAAACAGCUGGCCACCGAUUCGCACAAAUAUCGCGCCAAACGCGAUCGCAAGGCGCAGCGCGCCACAUUCCGAGAUGUUUUGCGCUAUUUGGAGGAGGAUAUCUCGCCAGAGAUUAAUAUACGUUUCGGACAGGACGCGCUCACAUUGGAUGCCUGGUCCAUACACCAUCAGUAUUCGUCUCUGUGCGCCAUUAUGGGUCCUGGCAUUACCUCACAGCUGCAGGAGAACGAAUUCAUACGCGACAUUUUCCAGCUGGGGCCGAAACCGACAAACACUGGCAUCAAUGGCCACGUUACAACCAAACAGUCCAAAUUGGAGCGCCAUCUGAUGAAUGCCGCCGCUUUCAAGGCACGUUCCGUGGCACGUGGCAAGAAUCGCGACAAGCGCUCGGCCGUCGUCACAUAAACCUAGGCGCACUCAUCAUGAAAAGAAUCCAGGACUCUUCUCCCCAUUAGAUGAAUUGUUUUCACGUAGUUGAUAAAAUACCGGCUUAGCAUACCAAAAUCUGCAUUAGUCGCUAUAGAUUAAGGCGCUUUCGGUCAAGUAACAUUUGUCGUAACUAAAUUCAAAUAGUUAUAUAGCAACGAAAAUAAAUAAUAUUUAGCUUAUGGCUUUUAGUUGAUUUAACAUACUCUUAACACACACAUACACACACACUCACACACACACAUUUAACAUGUUAGCUAGUAAUGUGAUCUUCUAAUUGAAUUAAUUGGCAUCGAAUGUGACAUGCCAGUUGAAGGACUGUAUGAAUUUUAGUUCACUUAUGAUUAUAAUAAUUUCCUUUUCUUUAAGUUUGCACUGUUGAUCUUUUAAAAUAAACACUCUAGUACAUUGUGGAUGAAUAACUUAAGUUGCGAUGUACCGCAGCAUGUCAAAGGUCUGUCAUAGUCUGUCUGACUUGGCUUAUAUAGUAUGGAUAUUAUGUAAGAAUAUUCUGUAUACAUAAACUAUAAACAUACAUAUAUAUUUUAUAGGUAUUGUGUGCAUAAUAAAUGUAUAACUAUAGAAUAAAACGACCACAAAUAUUAA